UGCUGAAAACACUGAAAACUUGAAAACUAAAAUGUCGGAACUAAGACUCUACUGUGAUCUUCUUGUUCAGCAAGUAGAUAAAACAAAAGAAGUGACCGCAACUGGUGUGUCCAAUUCUGAGGAGGGAAUUGAUGUGGGAACUCUGCUGAAAUCAACCUGCAAUACUUUUCUGAAGACGUUGGAAGAAUGCAUGCAGAUCGCAAACGCAGCCUUCACUUCUGAGCUGCUCUAUCGCACUCCCCCAGGAUCACCUCAGCUGGCCGUGCUCAAGUCCAACAAGAUGAAACAUCCUAUUGUACCAAUUCAUAAUUCAUUGGAAAGGCAAACAGAGUUAAACAGUUGUGAGAAUGGAUCUUUACAUAUGGAAAUAAAUGAUGAUGAAGAAAUCCUAAUGAAAAACAAGAGCUCCUUAUGUUUGAAACCUGCAGAGACAGAUCGCAGCAUAUCAAGUGAAGAAAAUACAGAUGAUAAUAUAACAGUCCAACGUGAAAUGAUAAAGGAAGAUGGAGAGGAAAACCUGGGAAAUCAUGACAGCCACUUGGCACAGUCUGAAUCCCACUCCUCAAGCAGCUCUCCAGAAGCCCACUGGGAAGAAGGCCAAGAAGUCAUCCCAACUUUCUUUAGUACCAUGAACACCAGCUUUAGUGACAUUGAACUUCUGGAAGACGGUGGCAUUCCCACAGAAGCAUUCUUAGCAUCAUGUUAUGCUGUGGUUCCAGUAUUAGACAAACUUGGCCCUACAGUGUUUGCUCCUGUUAAAAUGGAUCUAGUUGGAAAUAUUAAGAAAGUAAAUCAGAAGUAUAUAACCAACAAAGAAGAGUUUACCACACUCCAGAAGAUAGUGCUGCACGAAGUGGAGGCCGAUGUAGCCCAGGUUAGGAACUCAGCUACAGAAGCCCUCCUGUGGCUGAAGAGAGGUCUCAAAUUUUUGAAGGGAUUUUUGACAGAAGUGAAAAAUGGAGAAAAGGACAUCCAGACAGCCCUGAAUAAUGCAUAUGGUAAAACAUUACGGCAACACCAUGGCUGGGUAGUUCGAGGGGUUUUUGCGUAUCUGUGCACCAAGUGACACAAGGAUUGUGGAAAGCAGAUGGAACAUUACAGAGGAGAUAAUCCUGGAAAUUCUAAAAGGCAGACAGGGUCAAAGGAUGGAAAGCAUUCUUGGGAAGCCAGUGUUUAUCCAGCUCACAGUGAUCAAGAAAUCAACGCAAACCCAUGCAGCCCCACAAAAAUGUGCAUUUCCUGUAAGUUACUCCUUGGCCCUCCCCAGUUAAGUCACCACUAUGCAGUAUCUUAGCCAAAUGGAUUUGAGUUCCAAAUUAGGUUCUUAAAACUCAGAUUAGUUCCAGUUUAGGCUCUUGAAAUUUAUAGUAGAAACAAUAGUCUUAAAAUCUAACACUUUUGAUUUACAACAGCCAGGAUUUUUGAAAUAAAAAGGAAUUUCAAGUUUCCAAAGACUCUCCCCCCAAAAGAUCAAUGCACAAGGUUAUUUUGUAAGCAAGACAUUAGAAAGAAAUCAGAAGAAUAACUACAAGGCUCUACUUCCUGCAGAUUAAAGAUUGUUCAGAUUUUGUCAAAACCAUUUUUAUUAAAAAUAAAAAGAUAUAAAAAGAUUUGGAUGCUAGUGAGUUCCUAAAAGGGGCACAAAAGUGUCUGACAGUGAGCAAAGAGCUGUAGAGGGCUGUGGUGCAGAAUCAGGUGACUGGAGAGUGGCUGCAAGGACAUGAUGACCCCAGAGCAGAUGGAAUGCAUCGAACCACGGUUACACCUCUCUCCAGGGAGGUGAGCAUGGGCUAAGUGCCUCGUCUUGUUGGCAAGAAGGAUGCCCAAGAAGUCUGGAGAUGACACUAUGGUGAGAAGGAAAUGUGUGAAGAUACCCUGAAUUGAGUGAAACCUAAAAUGCCCAAAAAACGCUAAAAUGACUGAGUUUACCUGAAGCUGAACUUGAUUGCUUUUCCGCCAUCAGGUGGAAUGAGAACUCAAAUGUAAUUAGUUACAGGAAAUAAAGUU